UCGACCUUCGAUCUCGACGCUCCUCUCAUUAGCCCGUAACCCGCCCUCUGGUGUCCCAUAAUACUACCCGCAUUCAUUCAGACCAAUCCAGCUGCUAGCUUGCCACCGACUGUCCGUCGUUGCACCUGCAUCGCCGUGCCUUGUACCUUUGUCGCCGCUCCCGCGUUCAACGACACAGAACUUCCCCGGCUUCGAACGCACGCUCUCUGCUCAACAGCCACUUCCCAUCGUGAUCAUGGCUCCCACUUUUGCUUCAGCGGCCGCAGGAAACAAUGCUAACUCAUCGCGUAUGGAUUCGGGCGGGGACUGGGCUCGACGCGCCAAUGGUGCCACGCAAACUUUUCGACGCCCAUCACAUGCGCCCACCCUGUCUGGCUCAACGGCUGCUGCCUCUUCUCGGGAAGGAAGCGCAUCAUUCAGCACAUCGACGCCAAACCCCGGCGUCUAUGUGCCACCCCACGCCCAGUCUGGUCGCAACGGGAGCACUGUCGAACCCUCACGAUACUCAAAGGAUCAACUUACCCAACUAUUCCGCGGACUGAGAGAAUCGGAGGAGAUUAAAGAUGGGCUGUCGAACCUCUACAUUGGUGGCUGGGAGCCAAAUAUUUCAAAUGGUGCCUCUAGCGCGACCUGGGGUCGAAGGGAUGAUCACAGUAGGGAGAGUCAGGGUGGUGUGGACCUAUGCUGGGAUAGAGACGGAGACGUAUUGCCCCUCAGCUUGACCCAGAUGACGGAUGAGGAAAAAGAGCAUUUCACCUCCUCGGUCAAUUCGCCACUGAAACCCCCAACCCAAAACGCAGGAAAGGACAGUACACCGAAAGAUGGCCUGUCUUUGCGCAAGACGUCCAUUUCUCAAAGCGGCAACGCCCCCUUCAGUUUGUCGUCCCCCACUAGCACUCGGCCAGGUAAUCGUCGCCGUGACACCAACGAGGCCUUCCCAUUCCCUGCAAAUACACUGGCAUCCCCUGCCAGCAACUCAAGGUUCUCACGGGAAGAAUCAAGCACCGUCACCCCGCCUCCGGCUCUCGUCCGUCGUCGAACCGAUUUCAAGGAACCGGCCCCGGGAGGUGCUUUUGAAGAGCGCGACAAAGAAAAAGGUGCGGCUGAAAAUGCUGGUCCGUUUGGAAGCCUAAAGCGAACUACGACCGCUCCCUUCAGCUCCACCGCCGGGACUUCGCCAUGGCCUGCCACGACCCCGUCAGGAGGCUUCUCUCCAAUGGGUGCAUUUGGAAGCUUCGCUAAUCCACAAUCUGAAAAGAGGCCCGGCUUCGGAAGUGUGCGUGGCGAGAGCAGAUUCAAGGGACUUAUGAGUAAAGGCAGCUCUGAGGAUAUGGAUAGAGGGGCGAAAGAGAAGCCUUCGUUGGGUAAUCUCGGGAAACUGAGCGAGGCUGAAUCCACUAGACAGACGCCAUCGUGGAUGGAAGCCCGCUCCAACCGGCCGAUGAGCAACGAUACAGACCCCUUUCCAGAUGAAGAACUUCGGGCAGGGAGCGCCGCCCUCGGCGGUGGACAGGACAUGAGUCCACCUCGCCUGCAAGGUAUUGGCACAUUCAGUACGCCUCACAGACAAGAUCAGCGCGACGAAACUGGCUUCUCGGCGUUUGGGAUGACAUCCGACAAUACUGGGUUGCGUGACAUAUUCCAUUCUAGAGAUAAUCUCCCUCAUCAAACUCCCCAACAUCGUAGUGGUGGGGAUGGCCACGAACCAAUGAGCCCCACCGAUACCAACCCAUAUCAGAGCCCAGACCAUGACAGAACUGACAACGAAGAUGCGGAAACGGAUGGAUCUGAUAUUCAAAACACACAUUUUCCUGGUAUGGGCAGCUUCCAGGUCGACCCUUCGGCUGGCUCUGGACUACAUUCGUUUGGUGGACUCGGUAGCCUUGGGCGAGCCUCUGCGCCCUUUGAGGUCGCUGCAAGUGAUCGUAGUCAAACUUCUAGCACUGGACCUUCCCGCGGCUUUCCAAGCAUACCGGGACUUGGCGGCCUUCCUGGCUUGGGUGGUGCUUCCGCUUGGCCUCCCGGACAACAAUCAAUUGGUACUCCUGUUAGAGAGAGGGCUCUCGGAGGUGGAUUCGAUAGUAUGUUUGGAUCUAUCGGGGAACUCCAAUCGCCGAGCCUGGCAGGGCUGGGGAGUAAUUCACUAUUUGGACCUGGGACUGCUCUGGGGGCUACUGGCACGAUCGGCCGUAGCAGCAAGCUUGGGUCUCUCUUCCCUGCCGCCAUGCAAGACCAGAUGCGCCCUGGAGAGCAACAUCGACCGUCGGUUGAUGAAGGUUCUGCGACAGGUGAGCGGCAGCACAGUAUAGCUGGCACAUUUGGCAGGGGCGCUUUUGGAAGCCAGGCUCCUGGAAGUGCGAUCCCUGUGAGAGACACUGACAGCCCCUUCCGUACUGGACGCGGCUUUUUUGAAGACUUUCCGGGUGGUCUCGAGAGUGCCAAUCGAGAUAAUCGCUCUACUGACAUUGGAAUGCCUGAUCCCAUUGGUUCUACAUAUGGCAUGAUGCAAUCCUCCGGACCUACUCAAUCAUCCAUCCUUACCUCUACUGCUCAACCAAAUAUCAAUCCCACUAGAACCGCUCAGCCGUCCACAACCACCCCAAGCGUGAGUAGUCCUUCUAGCCAACCACCUGCUCCGCAACAACGUACGAUGGUCAUGCCUGAUCGGAUGAGAUGGAUUUAUCGUGAUCCUCAAGGUAACACGCAGGGGCCUUGGUCUGGUCUUGAAAUGCAUGAUUGGUACAAAGCUGGAUUUUUCUCUCCCGAGCUAUUGGUGAAGAAAUUCGAAGAUCCAGAAUAUGAACCCCUUGCUCAGCUUAUCCGUAGGAUAGGCAACUCGCGCGAACCCUUCCUCGUCCCACAAAUUGGCAUUCCUCACGGCCCUCCGACAACCCAGCCUGGAAAUAUUUGGCCUGGCUCAGGCCCCGCAACUGGAGGAGCAGCAGCAGGCGCUCAACCUCCCUUUGCAGGUAGCUUCCCUAGCUUUGGCACAACCCUUACUGCAGAUCAGCAGAAUGCACUGGAGAGGAGGAAGCAGGAAGAACAAUACCUAAUGGCACGUCAGAAGGAACAUCUUGCCGCGCAGCAACAGGCCCUAGCUAAGCAGGCUCAACUAGGGAUGAGUUCGCAUGGUAUCCUCCCAAAUCAACUUCAUCAUCAUUCCAGUGCCCAUAGUCUCCAUAGCCAGCCAAGCUUUGGCAGCAUUACAUCUCCUGGAGGCUAUCAGCCUUCCCCAACCCAAGGUCCUGUCCCUGGAGGACCUGCAGUCCCAGGUCUUUUUGACAGUUCCUUUAGGCCCGGGCCUGCACCUGUACCAGGAUUGGGACCCAUUGGGCCAGGCAUGGAUAGUAUGCUCGGCAAUAUUCGAGAAGAAGAUAUUCCGGGAAUGAUGGAUCGUCUCAAUCUCGGCCGCACUGGUCAGCUCCCCUUCGGUACAGCGCCAAUGUCCUUUGGGCAACAGCAGCCGGAAUCUAAUACGCAUGCCCAACAGGUCGUCGCUAUGCUCAAUGACCGCGCACGAUUGCAGCGUGAGCAAGCCGAGCAUGAUGCUUUGCAGCGAGUACAACCAAAUGACCACCAAGCUGCUCAGGUGACUGCCGAUCGCCUCCAACAAUUCCACGACCUGAGGGUUCAAACGGAUAUGGACCAACUAUCCGCCGCACCUCCCUCUUCAGAAGGUAUAAUUAGAAAUCGAUCUGCGCCUACUGCUGAGCUCGAAGAGCCUAUCUCACCUGAAUCUUCGAAGGCUCAGCGUCAACCACUGGUCUCCAGUACGCAAGAUCCUGCUACAUUCAAGGCAGAGCCUCUAUCUCUUACAGAGCAAGUACAGAAGGCCGCAUCUGCCAAGCAAUCCCCCGUACCUCAAUCUCCGUGGGCAAAAGUUGAUCAAGCUAUUCACCCAUUUCCUCCGCCUCCUUCUCAAUCCCCUCUUCCGGCUCCCGCCGCUCAGAGGAAGCCGAUAAUCGCUGAUUCCCUUGCCGGUGAAUCCCGAUCUCGGUCUGAAACACCUUCUGCCGAGACUCCAAGUGCCUCAAUCGCUCCGUGGGCAAAGGAACCUACCGAGGCUCCUCGAGGACCCUCUCUCAAAGAGAUACAGGAAGCCGAAGCAAGGAAAGCUGCCGAACGCGAAGAGAUUGCCGCAGCUGCUCGUCGCCAAGCUCUUCAACAAGAGUUGGCUGCGCAAGCACAAUCUCCUGCAGCCCAGCCUGGACUUCCCUCAAGUUCAACCUGGGCAAGCGGUGCAUCUCCAAUAACCCCAGGUGGAGCAAGUCAAUCCGCAUGGGCUAAGCCCCUUGCUGGCAAAGCUCCCAGUCAACAGGGCACCGCUACAAAAAAGACGCUUCAGCAGAUCCAGAAGGAGGAGGAAGCUCGUAAGCAGCGUGCUGCUGCUGCUGCUGCUACCGCUAGUGCUGUAAACGCUUUUGGAGCCUCCAACCAGGGCCUCUCCUCCGGGAAGAGGUAUGCGGACCUUGCAAGCAAGCACACUCCCACCCAGCCGAGUGUCGGUGGCGCUUGGACUACUGUUGGUGCAAGUGGAAAGGCCAAGCCCCCGGUUGGAUUACCUAGUGGACCACCACCAGCGGUUCGCUCUACCAGCACUAGUAUUGCUCCCCCCGCGGUCAAGAAGGCUCCUAUACCACGUAGCACUACACUGGGAACCCAGCUUGCAGGUAAAGCGAACGCAGAGGAGGAAUUCCGCAAGUGGGCCGUUGGAGAAUUGCGUCCUGAUUUGAACAAGAAUAUCAAUGCCGAUGAAUUUGUCGCCUCCCUCCUCAGUUUUCCCCCUGAUAUCGAACUCAUCACCGAAUCCGUCCACUCUGCUUCCAACACCCUCGACUCUCGUCACUUUGCAGAGGAAUUCUUGAGGAGGCGCAAGCUGGCUGAUAAGGGUAUUGUGGACUCUACGACCACGCCUAGCCCGAGUGAUCCUAAAGCGGGUAGUGGGGGUUGGAGUGAGGUUGCGAAGAAAGGUGGCCAGAGUGGUCAGCAGCAGGGUGGGGGAUUGGAUUCGGGGAAUUUUAAGGUGGUUGCUGCAAAGAAGAAGGGGAGUAAGAGGUAGAUGGGUGACGUUUCUGGACGACGAUUUCCGACGCUGCUGAUGAAGAUGUUGGUGGAGUGAGUGAUGUAUGUGUACGGAUGGCUGGUAGCGGUCGAGCCGGAUCGUCUUUGCUGAUGUUGCUCUC